GGCCCCGGCACAUGAUUUAUCUGUGUUGUCUUGUUAAUGUGUGCUGAGAUGAGGGAAGUGGGUUUGUUUGGAGUGAUAGGUUUGGAUCACGUAGGCCAUCAUCACUGCGAAAAAGAGCUGAAGUCAGAUGUCCACAGCCCGAUAACUGCAAUGUUCUUCCACCUGGCUACUUCACUCUCCACUCCACCCCGGCGACGGUUAAUUUCGCGGAAUGAGUUGCAACUAUUUUGGCCAGCGCAAGACAUGAAGCAGUCGGUGCGCCGUCUCCCCACAACGCAGGAAGCUUCUACACCCAUCCACAAUGGCCAGAUUCUUGCCGAACCAAGCCCAGGGUGCUCGAAAUAGGCUCAAGUGCUCCGCCCCGACCGACCAAACCUCGGAGCGCGAGACUUCAGAAGGUCAAAACUCGGGCGCGCAUGCGAGUAUGAAAUUUCAAA